AUGGAGUGCAAUACUGACAUACAGAAAUAUAACUCACUUUUGCAAGAGGACAAAGUCUAUAUAUUCUUAGACGGGCUUGAUGACAAACUUGACAAUAUUAGAGCAGAUGUGCUCCAGAUGCAGCCAUUUCCAACAGUAGAACAAGCCUAUGCACAAGUCAGGAGAGAAGACCUAAGACAAUCUGUGAUGCUGAAAAAUGAAGAAGUCAUACCUGGAGGUGCUAUGCUGUCAAGGGGAGGACAGAAACCUCAGCAUCGUUUAUCCUUUCUAAUGCCAGCAAAUAGAAGGCCAGUUACAAAAUCACAUGGGGAAGGGGCAGGUUGCACACACUGUGGAAAUACAAGACACACCGAAGAUACAUGUUUCAAAAUACAUGGUUAUCCAAAUUGGUGGCACGAACUCAAGGCGAAGAAAAAAUCAGAAGCCAGGCGUAGUGAACAUCCUGGUCGUGCAGCCCUUAUGAGCAUGGAACCUACACUAUCACUUGUACCUGCACAAGAAUCUCCUAUCUCAGCUAAAGAACAGACUGAUCAGAAUGACCCAGACCACAUGACGUAUGAUCCCUGUUAUUUGUCUGACACCACUCAACCAAAUCAGCUAUGCAUUGCUAAUGCUAAUGGAGUGACAUUUCCAGUGACCGGGGCUGGAACAGUUGCACCUUCUCCUUCUUUCUCAUUACCACAUGCCCUGCUAGUUCCAUCACUAUCCAAUAAGUUGUUAUCUGAUAUUCUCACCAAGGAGAUUAUUGGUCGUGGUACUAAGAGGGAAGGGCUGUAUUACAUGGACGACUUUAGUUGUGGUCGAAUUUUUAGUGUGAAACUUGUAUUAAAGCUAAAAUUCAUCUUGUAUCAUACCAACUACCCAAUAAGUUUAAAUCAGAGUGCCACUCCAUUUGCAAUUGUUCAUACUAAUGUUUGGGGCCCUGCCCCGAUUACUAUCUCUUCUGGAGCUCGCUGGUUUGUCACAUUUGUUGAUGAUUGUACACGAAUGACUUGGUUGUAUAUUCUGCGAUCCGAUAAUGGUGGGGAAUAUGAUAACAAACAAUUCCACCGAUACUUUCAGGAACAUAGUAUGCAUCAUGAUACAUCUUGUCCACAAACGCCACAACAAAAUGGUGUUGCCGAACGUAAAAACCGACAUAUCUUGGAGAUCACUAGAGCUUUCUUGAUAGCUGCUAAUGUGCCCAAACGGUUCUGGAUUGAUGCAGUAGUGAUUGCAGUAUACUUGCUGAAUAGACUGCCAUCAAGAGUUCUGGACUAUAAGACCCUGUUUCAAGUUCUAGGCCACCAUGUGAUCUUACCGUCAGUUCUCAUGCUUCAGCCCAGAACAUUUGGUUGUGUUGUAUAUGUUCAUAUACACAAAAAUCAACGAACUAAGCUCGUCCCUUGUGCUGUCCGCUAUGUUUUUCUUGGGUAUGUAGCUCAUAAGAAAGGAUACCGAUGCUAUGAUCCAGCUACAAGACGACUCUAUAUCUCCAUGGAUGUUACCUUCCUUGAAUUUGAGCAUUUCUUCACUUCCCCAUCUUCUAGCUCCUCUUGUCAGGGGGAGCUUCUAAGUGCAGAGCACACCUGGGAAUAUUGGCCGGGCUUUAUUGACAGUACAGUGAAGAAUGCAGAGGGAGAUAAUGAGCAUCUGAUAAUGCAGAAACUAGUGAGCAAAUGGAAGCAACUGGAGAAGUCUCCAAUGAACAGCCCUUCCAUGGCCAUGACAGUACCACAAUCAGUUCAAUCUCCUGAGAAUAUUCAUGAGGUACAAGUUCUAAACUCAUCUCAAAAUAUUUCUGCUGGCUAUAACUUGCCUUUCAGACAUAAUCGUGGACAACCUCCAAAACGAUAUUCACCUGAUCAUGGAAUGAGCAAAUCCAAGUACCCAAUUGCAAACCAUGUCUCAACUCAGAAGCUGUCUGAACCCCUCAAGGCAUUGAUGCAUAAACUAUCUACAAAAGAUGUCCCUAAUACAGUGAAUGAAGCUUUGAAUAAUCCUAAAUGGAUUCAAGCAAUAAAGGAAGAAAUGGAAGCACUACAGAAAAUUAAUACUUGGAAGCUCGUACCAUUACCUGAAGGAAAGAAAACUAUGGGAUGUAGAUGGGUGUUCUCUGUCAAGCACAAAACAGAUGGUUCAGUAGAGAGAUAUAAAGCAAGAGAUCUUGAGGAGGAGGUGUACAUGGAUGUUCCACCUGGCCUUACUUCUCCAAUGCAAGGGAAGGUGGCCUGCAAGCUACAAAAGGCGUUAUAUGGCUUAAAACAAUCCCCGAGAGCAUGGCUCCCACCAAUAAAGAGAGAUAUCAACGCCUUGUGGGAAACUAAUAUACUUAUCUCAUACUCGACUAGACAUUGCAUAUGCCAUGAGUUUGAUUGGGUAGGGAACAUCACUGACAGGAAAUCCACAUUUGGCUACUUCACAUUUGUGGGCGGGAAUCUAGUUACUUGGAGAAGCAAGAAACAGAAGGUAGUUGUUUUAUCAAGUGCAGAAGCUGAAUUCAGAGAAGAUCAGCUAGCAGAUAUACUUACAAAGGUUGUCUCGGGCAAAAUCUUUCAUAACUCACUUGACAAGUUGGACAUUGCUGAUAUCUAUGCACUAACUUGA